AAAAUUUAUGAUUUAUACUUCCGUGUUUAUUUGACCCUCGUCUGUCAUUGCAAUGAAAAAUAUAACGAUUCCUGUUUGAAAUUCACGUAUUUGAGUAAUUGAAUUAUGAUGGAAAUCAAUCAACAUUAUCGCUUCUUCAUUUUCGCGGCAAUUUUGCUCUUUUCUAUACAAGGGACCACUGGAUUUUUCUUGAAACAUACUAUAACUGGAAAAUGUGUUUAUAGUACAAACAUAACAAAAUCAUUCAAUGAAACGCGAGAUUUUAAGUACUUGGAACUCGCCGACGAAUGUUUCGAUUCGGCGUCUCAGUUCAAAUAUCGAAAUAACGGCGCCAUAUUCAGUUUAAAUGUUCCAGGAUGUCUUGAGGGAUUUGGCGAUGAUCCUGAAAUAUUAUAUAUCAACGCUGAAUCUGAUAACAACAGUACAAGGCAUGCUUGUAGAAACGAAACUGCUGUUGACCAAACCUUAUGGGGAGGUUUACGUUUUCGCCAUUCUCUUUCCAAAAGUAAUCGGUGUGCAGUAACAUAUAAACCUGAAAACAAUCAAAAAAUUGGAGCUAAAUUAAAAAUUACAAAUUGCAAUGAUGACGUAAACAAACGAUUUAUUUUCGGGUCUGCAACAUGUCUUGAAAACAAUAUAACAAACGCUGGCUGUGGCAAAAGUCAAUACAUGGUUAUAAAAUUUGCAGAAUAUCGUAGUUUGAAAAAUAAUAAUACUUGUGGUUCAAGUUAUGAUUACAGUUGUAGCUUUAACGUUACUUGUCAUCUGAAAAGGCAGUGUGAUGGUAAACGAGAGUGCAAUAUAAUCGUGGAUGAUAAUCUCUUUCCUUCCACAAUUUGUUUUGGUUCGCACAAGUAUCUGUACUUUGAAUAUCAAUGCAAAGAUAACAUGACGUCAUUCAAUGAGACCUGCUUCAAAUUGCUUUCAAAUAGCCCAAUCGGUCUUCGAGUUCAUUCCAUUGCGUCAAGAUAUGUUAAAAUAUCCUGGAUGUAUCAACAAAAUAUUACAGUGAACCCUAACACAAGUGGCAUAAAUUCUUUGACUGAGCUUAUGUUCAUAUUGAAGAGGCAGAUAGAAGUAUCAAAUAAAACUGUGUUAGCUAAUGUUAGCAGACCUUACAUGUUGAGCGGUCUUAGUCCAGACACGAUGUAUACAGUUGUGGUGACUGCUGGAAAAUCAUUUUCAAAUAUUUUCUUCAAGACGGAUGAAGAUGUACCAGGAGGUCCACCAUUGAAUGUCAGUGUUGCUGUCAUUAACAGUUCAUCGAUUUCCCUCUCUUGGGAGCCACCAGACGUAAACAAAAGAAACGGGAAAAUAAUCAGUUACACUGUUUGUCUAGCACAAUGGCAAAAUGUCACGUGUUUAAGAACGUUUACCACAGAAAGUCAAAGUUUAAACAUCACUGAAUUAAAACCAUUGACAACAUAUUACGCUCGUGUCUCGGCUAGUACCAAAGCUGGUAAUGGAAAUUACAGUGAAAGUCAAGUGGCAAUAACAAAUGAACUUCAACCGAGUGUAGUCGCCAACUCUACGGAUAAAACAUUGAUGUAUUCUUUGAGGAUUCCUAAUGUAACAUAUCAGUAUUUCUUUGUAAUUGUUAUGGAAGGUGACAAACCGAAUCCCCCACCACCUUCUCAAUUAGAAAUUGAAGAGUUGGAAGAGUAUUCAUGCCUUUACAUUGCUGCCGUGAUUAAGCUCGAAGGUGGGGGCCUUUUCAUGUUUACACUUGGUGAUGGCUCUAAUUCCAGUAUUACGAGACCACGGAAACGACGGUCUACCGAAAAAAAUUAUUAUAAUCACCCAUUGAAAGCCAACACAAAUUAUCGAGUUUUCCAAAGAGUCGUGUUAAAUGAUACGGGAGCUUAUUAUUCAACCGAUUGGAGUCCUAUUGCAAAAACUGGGCCUGCCAAAACUGCUACUUCUCCAACUCAAACUCUUCCUUCUCCUCAAACUACUCCUAAAACUCCUUCUCUCCGAACUCUUUCACAUCAAACUGCUGCUCUUCAACCUACUCCUCAAACUCCUCCUCCUCAAAUUUCACCACAUCAUUUUUCAACUUCAACUUUGACUCCCAUGUUAACUCUAUCUUCGACUCCAACUUCAUUUCUUACUCCAAGUGUUGGUAAAGAUGACGACCUGAACAUGCUAAUUAUUAUAUCUAUUGCUGGUGGUGGUGGUGUAGUUUUUAUUAUCGUUUUGAUGGUCGUCGUAAUUUGCUUAAAAAGAAGACGAGAUGUUAGGAAAAAAACGAAAUUAUAUUUGCAGUCUGAAGAACAAGAAGAAAAAACACGUGAAUUUUCCGUUAGCAAUCCAGCGUUUAUCACUGAUAACGUCGAUGGUCCUGUUGAAACGAGUAUUGAAGAUAACAACACGAUUAGCGAGUCGAUUCCCGAAGACGACACAUACACAAACAAUGAAUCCAUUGUGGUACGGAAUCAUUUUCCAGUUCCUCUUGAAAAGUUUAAUGAACACGUAAUAAAACUGAGACAAAAGAACAUGCAGGAAUUAAAACUGGAAUUCGAGGAUUUACCAAAUAAUCAGAAAUGCGACUGGGCUGUUUCCAAAAGUGCUCUAAAUUCUUCGAAAAACCGAUAUGGAAACGCAGUGACAUACGACCAUUCUCGUGUGAUUCUCUCUGGUGAUGAAACAACUGAUUAUAUCAAUGCUUCCUUUAUUGACGGAAAAUCUGAGAAGUAUUACAUUGCAACCCAAGGACCCAAACCUGUAACAAUUGAUGAUUUCUGGAGAAUGAUAUUUGAACACAAGUGUUCAACCAUUGUUAUGUUGACGACUUUAAAAGAAAUGGGGAGGGUAAAAUGUGAAAAAUAUUGGCCAAAUGAAUCUAACUCAUACGGUGAAAUUAAAGUGACCGUCACUAAGUCAAAAAUAUUUGCUGAUUACGUCACGCGCAUCAUGCUUGUUGAAAAGGACGGAGAACAACUCAAAGUCGAGCAGUUUCACUACAAAUCAUGGCCGGAUUAUGGAGUACCUCGAUAUCCAACGCAAUUGUUGACUUUCACAAAACAUUUUAAGCUAUCGCACAAGACAAGAUCCGGUCCAGCCGUCGUCCAUUGCAGUGCUGGUGUUGGUCGAACUGGAGUAUUUAUUGCCAUAGAUAAGAUCAUGGAUGAUCUUGAUGAUAAUCAUGAAACAAGUGUUGAUGUAUUUGGUUUUGUGAAAGAGAUGAGAUUGCGGCGCAUAAACAUGGUCCAGACAAUGGAUCAAUAUAUGUUCAUUCAUGACGCCAUUAUCGAUCACAUUAAAUGCGGAGCAAAUGAAGUUGAGGCGUCAAAAAUCAAGGUGGAAAUUCUGCAUUUGUCUAAGAAGAACGAGAAUGGAAAAACAGGAUUUGAAGAUAAAUUUGAGCGUUUACAAUCAGUUACACCAGAAUUCCCGGAAGAACUUUGUGAAGCUGCACUUUCUGAUGAGAACAAAAAGAAAAAUCGUAAUCCUAAAAUACAUCCAACUGAAUCCAAUCGUCCUGCUCUUCGACGUAUUGAAAAUAAAGACAGUUCUGAUUACAUAAAUGCGUGUUUUGUUGAUGGUCAUUUGGGAAAGAAUUACUUUAUUGCAACACAAACACCUUUGAAGGAAACAGUAAACGACUUUUGGAGGAUGGUAACUCAGCAUGAAUGUACGACCAUUGUUUUGCUGAAUCAUCUAACUGAAGAUGAUGAGGAAUAUCCAAUGUUCUGGCCCACGAAGAGAGCAACAAGUCUUCCUUAUGGAACAUGUGCUGUUUUGUUUGAUUCAGUCGUAAAGAAAGACGAUAUCGUUAUCAGAAAGUUUAUCGCCUCUCCAUCUAUGGACGUCAGAGAAGGUCGAAUGGUCCGAAUGAUUCAGUAUUUAUCAUGGCCAAAUCAUGGCGUACCUAAAGAUGUGCACAGUUUGGUGGAUGUGCUAAAAGAGGUCGAAGAAGCGCAAAGAGCUGUGGAGGAAAAAGGCCCCGUUGUCGUAGUUUGCAGUGAUGGAGCAGGUAGAUCAGGCACCUAUAUCACAAUCUCUAAUCUUGUGGAUAGAGUUAAAAUCGUCCAAGUAGUAGAUGUGUUUCAGUGCAUAAAAUUGAUCCGAAUUGGACGCCCACAGUUUGUUGAGACAGUGGAACAAUUUAAACUUUGUUAUGAUGCAGUGGCAUGCGUGUUGGAAUCUUUCGAAGGGUAUUCAAAUUUCGCAGAUUUAGGAACGACUUGAAUUUGACUUUAGUUUGCACUUGUAAUUAAAUGUUGGUACUUACCUAUAUAUACACCUAUGUGAUCAGUCUUUAGCAUAAGGUCAAAGUAAAAUACUUCAUAGAAUUGAUAAAUAAAGGAAUGAAGUAGAUCUCAUCAAUAUUGAAUUAACUCAUGCGAAAUCUACUCGUAUUAGGUAGGUAAUAAUAAACUAUUUUAUUCUAUUUCUUUCGUAUUGAAACGUAUGAUGUGAUAUAUUAUAACGGUUGUGUAGAUAAUUAUCUGCAAUUUUGGAAUUAAUGAUAUGAUACGUUGUCACACGAAA